AUGUCGACUGAUGCGACGAAGAACAUCUGGUUUGCAGUGUUUCUCACUGAGUUUAUAGUGAUAAUUACAAACAACGUCUUCACUCUCAUUGUCUUUGCAAGAAGCCGCCAUCUACGCAGACGCAAUACGUACCUGAUAAUGAACCUGACUGUAGCUGAUUUGUUUUGUGGAGCCGCCACGGGACCUGACACCCUUUGGCUUUUAAAAACAGGAAAAAGAUCGACACAUGGUUUCAGAGUUUUAUAUUUAAUGAUCGCUGACAUUUGCUGGAUAGCUUCACUGGGUAACCUAGCUUUAAUAUCUUUAGAGCGGUUGCAUGCAACACUAUAUCCAUUUAGGCAUUGUUUAGUUGGAAAACGCAUUUACUAUAAGAAUAUCAUUUUUAGUUGGUUGGGAGCUUUGAUUCUAGCAUGUGUUCUACACAUCACUCGCAUGAAUGAUGUACCCUUCCCAGAUCGAUACCCCUGGAUAAUUUAUAUUUUUCUUACCCUUGCAGUACUAACAAUAUCUUAUGCUAUAAUU